UGCUGGGGGGUGUCGGGGGGCAGUUCGGCCCCGGGAUGGCCCCCCAGAUGCAGCAGAACAUCUUCCAGUACUCGGGAGCAGGCAUGGGUCAGCAAAGCGAAGCCGCCUUCGCCCCGUCGCUCAGCCCCAGCAGCCCCCUGAUGUCCCCUCAGCUGCCCCCCUCCCAGAGCCCCAUGCUGCAGCCAGCCCCCCCAGCCCCCGGCUACCAGUCGCCCGACAUGAAGACCUGGCAGCAAGGAGCCCUGGGGAACAGCAACGUUUUCAGCCAAGCAGGGCAGAGCCAGCCAGCCCCUGCUCAGCAGGGCGUGUACAACAACAUGAGCAUCACGGUCUCCAUGGCAGGAGGCAACACCAACGUCCAGAACAUGAACCCCAUGGCUGGACAGAUGCAGAUGAACUCGCUGCAGAUGCCCGGGAUGAACUCCAUGUGCUCAGAGCAGGUAAAUGACCCGGCGCUGAGACCCGCGGGGCUUUACUGCAACCAGCUCUCCUCCUCUGACCUUUUGAAACCAGAAGCAGACGGGGCGCAG